AUGGAGCAAAAAAAUAAGUUACUGGUUUUUAUAAUAAUUUUUAUGUUUAUGUUUUUAUGUUGUGUGCGCUAUAUAAACAAUGAUAUGAAUAAGUUUAAUUUACAUUUGGGUGACACUUACAAUUUUCAUAAGAAAUUAGAUACAAGAACUUAUAGAUUACUAUCAAAAUAUAGACCUAUUAAGGAUUCAAGUACUGUAUUUUUAAAAGAAAAGAUGCAAAAAAAUGAAAUGCAUGAGGAAAGAGAUGCAUUUAAUGAUGUUGAAGUGACAAGAAGAAGAAAUAAACAUUCUAGUAAACAUUCGUUAAAUAAUAUAGAGGGCUAUGUACCAUAUAGGAAAUGUAAAUCUAAUGUAUGUACAGAAAGAGAUUCAUAUUUUGAAAAAAGAAUAUUAGACAAAAUAUAUUAUACAAAUAAUAUUAGGUAUGCUGUGAAUUCUGAUAUUAAUUUUUUAAAAAGGUGUAAAAAAAACAAAAUAUACUUUUUAUAUGUUUUAUUUAUCUUAUUCGUAGUACGUCUAAUACUAGGUGUUCCUUCAAUGUUUCCUAAAAAUGUUGUUGGUAAUAAAAUACUUUCAGGAACUUUUGGAUUAUCAUUUGAAAUAAUAUGUACUAUAAUGACUUUUAUAUUUAUACUGGCGGCUAUCUAUAUCUGGAGAAAGAUAAAAAAAUACGAUAAAAUAUUACAUGUAAAAAGUAAAAUGAAUAAAAGUCAAUAUCGUCAUUUCCCUAAAAUAGGUUUUUAA